GUGUCUCAGAGACGAAACUGCAGCUGACUAGCACAAAUCUACUGGAGUAGUCGUUAUUCAAAUGUCGAAUUUUAUGGCCGUAACAAAGGACAUACACGAUGCUUUUUCAUCGAUAGCAAAAGUUUUCCCUCUGGAAAUGAUGUCUGAGGCGAUUUAGUCUGUAAUAGAGCUAUCAAGUAAGUCACGGGGCUGCCAUCGCUGUGCUUUCACUGUUGGACCUGAUGUUGCUGUAAAGACAGUUGGAUGUUGAGACAGGCUUGUUCCAAACACCGAGUACAUCAUUUAAUCUUACAAUUUAGAAGAUCUCCACGUUGUCAAGCCGUCCCAAUGUCUUCAGGUUGUCCACCCCAGUCACCUGCGGUGGCUAAGUCUGAGGUUGUAGUAGAUGGAGAAUGCCCUCUCCUCGCUGCCACCUUUGCCUACUGGGAUAACAUACUGGGCCCACGGGUGCACCACAUCUGGACACCAAAGAGCGACCAAUUGAUGUUCCUCAGCGAUGGCGAGGUCACAUUUCUGGCCAAUCACACGCUCAAUGGAGAGAUUCUGCGGAGUGCGGAGUGUGGUGCUGUGGAUGUGAAGUUUUUUGUCUUAGCAGAAAAGGGCGUCAUCAUUGUGUCUCUAAUCUUCGAUGGCGAACUGAAGGGGGACAAGAACACCUGUGCCUUGUCUAUCAUCCUGCCUCAGACAGAGCUGGUUUUCUACUUGCCUUUACACACAAUCUGUGUGGAGAGGCUCAAGCAUGUGAUCCGCAAGGGUCGCAUUUGGAUGCAGAAGGGCUACAACAUUAUAUCAGUUCUGACCUUGGAGAUAGUCCCUAUCAUGGAGCUGCUGGCCUCUAUGAAGACACACAGCGUUCCUGAAGAAAUAGAUAUAAAAGACACUGUGCUAAAUGAUGAUGACAUCGGGGACAGCUGCCACGAGGAUUUCCUCCACAAGGCCAUCAGCUCUCAUCUGCAGACCUGUGGCUGUUCAAUAGUGGUUGGGAGCAACCCAGAGAAAGUUAAUAAGAUUGUGCGGACUCUCUGCCUUUUCCUCACCCCAGCUGAGAGGAAGUGCUCUCGCCUUUGCAAGGCUGACUCAUCCUUCAAAUAUGAUACAGGCCUGUUUGUACAGGGCCUGCUUAAGGACUCCACAGGCAGCUUCGUUUUGCCCUUCCGCCAGGUUCUCUACUCACCUUACCCAACCACACAUAUAGACGUUGACAUCAACACAGUCAAGCAGAUGCCCCCAUGCCAUGAGCACACGUACAACCAGCGACGCUACAUGCGGUCUGAGCUCAGUGCGCUAUGGAAGACAGACAGCGAGGAUGACAUAGCCCCUGACACAGUCAUUCACACUGAUGAAACCUUCACACCUGACCUGAAUAUAUUUCAGGAUGUCAUGCAUAACGACACUUUGGUAAAGUCAUUCAUAGAUGAGGUGUUCAUGCUGAAGCCAGGCCUGUCGUUGCGGAGCACUUACCUGGCCCAGUUCCUGCUGCUGCUCCACAGGAAGGCCCUCACACUUCUCAAAUACAUCGAGGAUGAAACGCAGAAAGGGAAGAAGCAGUUUCGAUCACUGCGCAAUUUAAAGACAGACUUGGAUCUGACCGUGGAAGGAGAUCUGAAUAUUGUAAUGGCCUUCGCUGAGAAGCUGAGGGCAGGACUUCACUCUUUUGUUUUUGGGAAGCCAUUCUUCACCAGCAUGCAGGAACGAGAUGUACUCAUGAGUUUUUGACUCCUUCUUUUGCCUGCAGUUUGAACAGUUAAUGGAUGCAGCCAUUUUUUGUUACUGUAUUUUUUUCCAUUAUUAUAUGCAUGCAUGCACAUGUGUACUCUGAAAGAAGACUGAUAAAUGAUUUUGCUGAAAUGAAGAAUAACUUGAUCAUAGUAGGACUGAUUGUUUUUGCUAUUGAGCCAUUAGAAUUUUUGUUGUGUUAUAUUGCCUUGAUGAAGUUGAUGAGUUUAAUUGGCAUUUUGGCAAGUCAUUUACUUGAUAUUAACCUGCUUAAAGACAGUGUAGAUUGUUCUCUAAUAUCAGGUUGUUUACAGUGUAAUUAAGAAUCAUGUUAUAAAAUUCGAAAUCAUUUAUUUGCUGCCACGUUAGACCAACCUGAACAUUAAAGAAACAUGUACUACUAAAACUGUUUGCAGAAUGUUGAUCAUGCAUAAGUUGUAAAGGGAUUUACAUGAAGAGCAGGGUUUAAUCAAAUAACAAAUGCAGAAAGGAUGCAAAUGAAUUCAUAUCACAAUUCCAACUGACAGAAUAAAUCUUUUUGUGUCUUUGUGCAUGAGCCAUCAUUACAUGCACUUUUCUAGUAAUGCAUUAAUUGGUUUGCUUCAUUUUCUCUUAUAGCAACAAGCUGUGCACAGUUCAGAGUAUCUGUCUUUACUCUAA